AUGAUGAGUACUCCUAGCCGUUGUCGUUUCAUUCUCUCCAUCUGCCUCCUACUGGUCCACUCCGGUAUCCACACCUACGUCGUCGCCACCACCUUCGUCGUAGAAAAUACAGCCCCCGGAUCCAACGGUGGCAAGAGGUUCGCACAUUCCAUCGGCACCGUCCGUUCCACGCACGUCAUGUCAUCGGCCGCGUCCUUCAUACAGCGCACCUUCCGCCAGACUAAUUCCCACGACCAGAGAAAGCACGUGCACGAAGUCACCCUGUUCAUCGAGGCCGCGGAUGGCGUGGCCUACACCGCGGGCGACGAAAUCCACGUCAGCGCACGCUACAUCGGGACCUACAAGGGUGACGUGGCGCAGGAGAUAAGGGGAGUGAUAUACCACGAGAUGACCCACGUGUGGCAGUGGGAUGGAAAAGGGCGGACUCCCGGCGGAUUGAUCGAAGGGAUUGCGGAUUUCGUGAGGCUCAAGGCAGGUUACGCGCCGAGUCACUGGGCGAGGCCCGGGGAAGGGGACAAGUGGGACCAAGGCUACGACGUUACGGCCAGGUUUUUGGACUACUGCGAGGGGCUGAGGAGCGGGUUUGUGGCUGAGUUGAAUAAGAAGAUGAGAUUUGAGUAUAGAGAGAGCUUUUUCGAGGACUUGCUCGGCAAGAGCGUUCACGAGCUUUGGGGUGCGUAUAAAGAUAAGUAUGGACAUUGA